CGUGCGCUCCAUUAUCCUAUCUUAGGUUAUAACGGAUAUUUAUAAUUACAUCCAUGUGUGCCCUGUAGCUGGAGGUAGUACUGCGGAGUGAAGCUGCGGCAGUGUACGCUGAGUCUCGCUCGCCCGCUACCACAUGUGAGCCCGUGCGUGAGAGCGCAUUGCAAGGCGAUGGUCUUGGCUGCGCUAAGAACGCCGUAUCCACUGCCGAAAGCCAGCCAGGCCAAUUCGAGUCAGCAGCAGCGGCAGUGUCAGUACAAAUCGCACUCACAGCAAUGCCAGCCACGCCACAAGCAGCAGCAGCAGCAGCAGCACAAGCAGCAGCACCACCAGGAACACCAGCCAUGCCUAGCUUUAUUGCGCGCCACCACGAGCGUUUGCGCCAGCAGCUAAGUCUGAAUGCCGUAGUGUCUGCGCUAUUGUCCAAGGGUGUUCUUACCCCUGAAGAUAUGGACGAGAUCUAUACGAAGAAAAGCAACAUCAGCACGUAUGCCGCUCGAGACCAUCUGUUGCUGAAGCUGAUGGCGAAGACCAAGGCCAAGCUGCUUGUGUUUGUGGAUGUCCUUGCCGAACACAAUGAAGACCUGGCCCGGGAAAUGGCACUGAGCGAGGAGCAGCAUCACGGGCCUACACCAACUCAGCAUGGCGAUCUGGAAAGCGGGGAAGUGGUGCUGCGUGUGUUGCGCAAUGCCGUUGCUGAAGACUUCCCGACCUUGCCGGUGGCGGAGCGAUGUGGCAGCAGUAACAGCGCGGGUCAGUUAUCCUAUCCUGCGCAGUGCACCGAGGGCCACGCCAGCACUACUGCCGACACAGCCGCCGCCGACACUGCGGCUGCUGCUGGUGGUGCAGGAGUCCUGGAACCAUUGCGGCACACGGUGGCCGGUAACACCACAGCAGCCACUCCCCGAAGUGAGAUGAUGACAGUGGCAGUGCCCGUGGCGACAGCAGCGGCAGUGAAAUCCGAUGAGGUGCUGCACAUCGACGAGAACACCGUGCCCACAUUCCUGAGCCACGAGCGUGUUGCUGAAUUCCGAUCAAGUGGCCUCGACCCAUGGAAGGAGUUUGUGCAGCCAGUGUACGUGCGAUUCUCGACGGCCAUGGGCGCGGUGGACAUCACGACAUUCUGCUUCCAGCACCGAAUGCUCACUCCCUCACAGAGGAUCAGCGUGCAGGCCAUUCAAGAUGCCACGACGCGAAACGACAGCCUACUCCACUCCCUGUUCUCAACGCACUGGCUGGGAUUCUGCAAGGUGAUGGCGUACUUGCAGACUGUGGAGGAGUUCGGUCCCGUACUGGAGCUCAUCACGGCACACAUCAACCGCACCCCAUCCUCGCCAUGACAUCAUCGGAAUUCCAUCAUCUCCAUGACAUCAUUGCCAUGACAUCGUCAACAUAACGUGUGCCGUAUGUGCUUGUUGCACGGACCUGUGUAUGCAUCGGUGUAGCUGCUGCAUGCUCAACAGCAGCUACACCGCUGCACAUUACGUCAUCACACGGCUGCGCAUUACGUCAUCACACGGCUGCACAUUACGUCAUCACACCGCUGCAGAUACGAAUCAUUGCUGUCUUGUUCCCUGUAUCAAGCACGGUAGUCACUGGUGUAACUGUGAGGUGUGCUAGGCUGUUCUGCCAAGACGUCACUUACGCUGUUCUGCCAAGACGUCACUUACGCUGUUCUGCCAAGACGUCACUUACGCUGUUCUGCCAAGACGUCACUUCAAUUAUCCCCUACUAUCCUCGCCUACGCGAGACUGAGAGUGCAGGGCUAUGCGAGAGUGCAGGGCUAUGCGAGAGUGCAGGCCCUAUCCAGGAAGACGUGUUACUUGCGUUGCCUCUGUCCAAACACGUAUUUCAGCGAGAGCCUUGAAUGAAAGAAAAAAAAAUUAAAACUGCGUAUCGCAUACGCCGUGACAUAAUUAUGAUCCUUGAUGCCAAUCCUGUCUGCCAUGUGACCUGAUCAGUGCAGUUGAUGCUGUACACCACGUCACAUGAUCAGUGCAGCCAAUCACCUACGCCGUGUGACAUGAUCCAGCCAUGCAGCCAAUGCCAGACCUUGCUCUUUGGCAGCUAUGACCGCCAGGGUGUCCGCUGACUAAUAUACUAUAGCGUUACUACUAUAGUCGGAAUGCAGCGACUCCCUGAUCGUGUUACGUUGACUGCCUACAGCCUAGCACACCGAUGUCCCGUAGAGAUAACCCAUGGAGAUAACCUGCAGUGUUGACCUACGGCGACGACCUACGGCGACCCCGUGGUGAUGACCCAUGGCUACUGACAAUGUCUCGCACGAAUGGCCCAUGGAUAUGUCCUACAGCCAUGGCCCAUGACAAUGACCCGUGGAGAUGAGCCGUGGCGAUGACCCAUGGCGAUGUUGAACUGUAGAACGGCCGUUGGAAACCAUGGCGAAUCUGAGCUGUCGCUGUUAGCACAGAUGUUGGAAGAGGUGAGGUCUGGUGAUUCGUUGAGUAUGCAUGUAUUCCACUUGAACUGAAUGGCCCGGCUGUUGUCUUGAGACAAGUCCUGUUUGAUGAUCAGCUGGCUUAGUUUUUCUCCACCUGUAUCCUAAUUACAUCAGUCCCCAAUUUCAUUUUAUUACUGCUUUCUAUCUGCAUUCGCCACCUUUUCAUUGGGCAGAUCUGCCCGUUUGGUUUGCGAAUUAAAAUAAACACAACAACAACAACAACAAUGCAGCAUCACGAUAAUUUACUUUACUUGCUUGGAGAUGUUGGAAUUUAAUUUAAUUUGUAGCAUUGGGGAAUGAUUUUUAGACGUAGUCCAACUUUUAUUAUUUUCUUUUUCCAAAUUUUAAUUUUUGGGCCCCAAGUUUGGCCAGGCCCUCCCUAUACGUGCCUUUCAGUUGAUUGCUCCCUUGCCGACACUAUCACCUGUAUAAGUAGGAACGUUUUGCCCAAAAUUUAAUUUCGUCUUUUUGGACUAACGUUUUCAAUACGUCUCAUGGUCCAUGCACGGAAUUUUCAACCGGACGAACUCCCUUUCUUUGGAGUUGGACGGAAUUUUUAGCCGACUAAAUGUUCUGCUUUAACAUACAGUAUAAUAGUUUAUAGAUUCAGCCAAUUAUUUGUGGCUGUUGCCACGCAACCUUGAUCUUGCCAAGCGCUUGAACAUCUUGAUACAGUACAUGUAGUUUCAUACUCGGCAU